GCCCAACGACGUGGGGCAACCCGGGGAGGGCCACGCUCGCCCUCGCCGCCCGCUGCCUGCUCGCUGCCGGGCUGCUGGGAGUUUUUAAGCCGUGUGAGAAUCCUGGGAGCUGGUGAUGUCAGACGCCUGGGUCAUUUGAAGGUUAGCAGCCUGGGAAGGGUUCACAGAAAGUUCACUCGCAUAUAUUAGGCAAUUCAAUCUUUCAUUCUGUGUGACACAAGUAGUAGGAAGUGAGCUGUUCAGAGGCAGAAGGAUCUAUUCAUGGCUGAGGGGGAUCCAGAGGUCCUACCGGAGCUGUUUCGACCCCGGGACUCGGCCGUCCGCGCGGCGCGAGGAGCUGCAGGCAGCCGGCAAGCGCCUGAGGAGCGGGACUGGUUCUAGAGAGAUUUUGGGGGAGAUUGAACGGAGCUAAAACUUGGAAUGCGGCUUGCUUCCCCCCAUCUUGCUGGAUUGGCUGGGCAGCCUGGAAAAUGGUAAAUGAUCAUUUGGAUCAAUUACAGGCUUUUAGCUGUGUUGUCUGUCAUAAUUCAUGAUUCUGGUCUGGGAAAAAGACCAACAGCCUACGUGCCAAAAAAGGGGCAGAGUUUGAUGGAGUUGGGUGUACUUUUAUGUGCCAUUUUCCUCCACACCUAGAGGAAAGCACUUUUGCAGGCAUUCUGUACAGGGGGAAUCAUGUUUGACUGUAUGGAUGUUCUAGCAGUGAGCCCUGCUCAGAUGCUGGAUUUCUACACUGCGAGUCCGUCUUCCUGCAUGCUCCAGGAGAAGGCUCUCAAAGCAUGCUUCAGUGGAUUGGCACAAACAGAGUGGCAACACCGGCACAGUGCUCAAUCAGUUGAAACUCAGAGCACCAGUUCUGAGGAACUCGUUCCAAGCCCUCCUUCACCACUUCCACCUCCGCGUGUUUACAAGCCCUGUUUUGUCUGUCAAGACAAAUCAUCUGGAUAUCACUAUGGUGUCAGUGCUUGUGAGGGAUGUAAGGGCUUUUUCCGCAGGAGUAUCCAGAAGAACAUGGUUUACACAUGUCAUAGAGAUAAAAACUGUGUUAUCAAUAAAGUUACCAGAAAUCGCUGCCAGUACUGCAGACUACAGAAGUGCUUUGAAGUGGGAAUGUCCAAAGAAUCUGUCAGAAAUGAUAGGAACAAAAAGAAGAAGGAACCUACAAAGCAGGAGUCCACAGAAAACUAUGAAAUGACAGCAGAGCUGGAUGAUCUCACUGAGAAGAUCCGAAAAGCUCACCAGGAAACCUUCCCCUCGCUCUGCCAGCUGGGAAAAUACACUACAAACUCUAGUGCAGACCAUCGGGUUCGACUGGACCUUGGGCUCUGGGACAAAUUCAGUGAACUUGCAACAAAGUGCAUUAUUAAAAUAGUGGAAUUUGCAAAACGACUGCCAGGCUUUACAAGCUUGACCAUUGCAGACCAGAUAACUCUACUUAAAGCAGCCUGCCUGGACAUACUGAUUCUCAGAAUUUGCACAAGAUACACACCGGAACAAGACACCAUGACAUUUUCAGAUGGCCUUACCCUGAACCGAACUCAGAUGCACAAUGCUGGAUUUGGCCCCCUGACUGACCUCGUGUUCACCUUUGCCAACCAGCUCCUGCCUUUGGAAAUGGAUGACACAGAGACCGGUCUCCUUAGUGCCAUCUGCUUGAUCUGUGGAGAUCGCCAGGACCUUGAAGAACCAAUGAAAGUGGAUAAGCUUCAGGAACCAUUGCUUGAAGCACUGAAAAUUUAUAUCCGAAAGAGACGACCCAACAAGCCUCACAUGUUUCCAAAGAUCUUAAUGAAAAUCACAGAUCUUCGUAGCAUCAGUGCAAAAGGUGCAGAACGUGUCAUCACAUUGAAAAUGGAAAUUCCUGGAUCCAUGCCACCUCUUAUUCAAGAAAUGCUGGAGAACUCUGAAGGACACGAACCACUGACACCAAGCUCAAAUGGAAACACUGCAGAACACAGUCCCAGUAUCUCACCUAGUUCAGUGGAUAACAGCAGUGUCAGUCAAUCCCCUAUGGUGCAAUAAGACAUUUUCCAGCUACUUCAGACAUUCCUAACACCUUAUGUACAGGGAUGAAAAGCAAGAAAAAACAUUUUUACUGCUGCUUACUUUCUGGACUUAAUAUAUAUCUAUAUAUGUAUAUAUAUAUAGAUAAAAACUCAACAAGGACCAAGAAAUUUUCAUAUGUAUCGAUAUAUACUCCUUGCUGUUUAAACUCUUAAAAUAGAAAAUGCAAACUUUUGAAACUCUAAAUCAGCCAUUUCAUGCAAAAAAAAAAAAAUAGUUAAGCUUCUGUUUUCUCUUCUGAACAUUCAAGACUGCAUGGUGACAAGA